AAACAUUUUCCCCUCAUAGUUAAAGCAAAAGCACGGGCUCAAACAGCUUCUUUGGAGAAAACUUGACAACUCAUCAACUCCUUCAAAAGAUCUUGUGGGUACCUAAGCCCCAAGGCCCCUUGAUAUAAACAUGGCUGAUGCCCAGGACAACGCUCUGAGGAUCGUGCUGGUCGGGAAGACUGGAAGUGGGAAAAGUGCCACAGGAAACACCAUCCUCGGGGGAAACGUAUUCAAGUCUAGGCUUGCUGCCCAGGCUGUUACCAAAACUUGUCAGAAAGCAUCCCGGAAAUGGGAGGGGAGAGACCUUCUCGUUGUUGACACCCCAGGGCUCUUCGACACCAAGGAGAGCCUGAGCACCACCUGCAGGGAAAUCAGCCGCUGUGUCCUCGCCUCCUGCCCCGGACCUCACGCCAUCGUCUUGGUCAUGCAGCUGGGCCGCUACACGGAGGAAGAGCAGAAAACCGUGGCGUUGAUCAAGGCUGUGUUUGGGGAAGCAGCCACGAAGCACAUGAUCAUCUUGUUCACUCGCAAAGAGGAGCUGGAGGACCACAGCCUAAGCGACUUUGUGCGGGGUGCGGAUGUAAAGCUACGAAGCAUCCUCAAGGAGUGUGGAGACCGCUGCUGCGCCUUCAGUAACAGGAGUACAGACCAGGCUGAGAAGGAAGCUCAGGUGCGGGAGCUGGUGGAGCUGAUAGAGAAGAUGGUGCAGAACAACCAGGGGGCUUACUUUUCCGACGCCAUAUACAAGGACACGGAGGAAAAGCUGAGAAAGCGGGAGGAAGUCUUGAAGAAAAUCUACGCUGAUCAGUUAGAAAAGGAAAUUAAACUACUUCAAAAGGAAUAUGCCCAUAGACCACAGGAAGAAAAGGAGGAACAAAUAAAAUUGCUAAUGAAGAAGCAUGAUGAACGAAUGAAAAAUAUAAGGGAAGAAGCCGAGGAGAAUUUAUUUCAAAUUGUUUUCAACGGGAUUAAAAAUAUUCUUUCAAAAGUAUGGCAAAUGUUUUGGAAGUAGUGUAAAUUGUAUUUUUACUUCUCAAUUUACUAUAACUUGUUAAUAUGGUAGUUUGCAUUUUCCAAAGAGGGCUAAAACCAUAUCUUCUUUCUGACUUCUUCUUACAAUCUGACCUUGUUACUCUUUCCAUUGAGUUAUGGGUCUAUGUCCCCUGCCUUGAAAUUGGAUGGACUUUGUGAAUGCUUUGAUAAAUUCUGGGUGUUUGAAGCAACACCAUGUGACUUCCAAGGUUAGAAAAGGAAAAUGCCUCCUUGCUGUCUCGGGGUGCUUGCUCUUGGAAUUUGGCCACCAUGUUGUGAGGAAGCCCAAGUCACCUGCAUGAAGAGGACUUGAAGUCACUGGCCCACUCCCCUGGCUGAUACUUCAGCUGCCCGCCAAAAGCAGCUUGCCAGCCAUGCAAGCGAGGCGACACCAAAGUGCAUUCUCCAGUUGCCUACUGAUGAAGCUGCAAAGAGCAAACGUGAGCCAUCCCCACGGGGUCCUGCCCAAAUUGCAGAUUCAUGAGAAAAAUAAA